AGCCCCAGAUAAACCCUUGUCUUUGUCUCAAGCCCUCUCCAAUGGCGACUCGGCUCUUGUACCGCUCGCUACCUAAAACCCUGAUUUCGGCUUCCAUAUUCUCUCGUUCAUUUCUCACUGCCACUGGAACGGCCUUAUCCGCCUCUUCACACUCCUCUGCCUUUCUUCUCCGUCGCCUUCGUCCCCUCGCUGCUAUAGUUGUCGCUGAUUUCCGCGGCCUCUCUCCAGCGGCGAGCGCGAGCGCGAGGGAGUUCGCCACCAGUACCACUUCAUCCUCUCUCAAAGAUCCGAAUCCGAACUGGUCUAAUCGCCCACCCAAGGAGACCAUAUUACUUGAUGGCUGUGAUUUUGAGCACUGGCUCAUUGUUAUGGAGAAGCCAGAGGGCGAUCCCACGAGGGAUGAAAUUAUCGAUAGCUAUAUCAAAACACUUGCCAUGGUUGUCGGAAGUGAGGAAGAAGCUAGGAUGAAGAUAUACUCUGUUUCAACAAGGUGCUACUAUGCAUUUGGGUGCCUUGUUUCUGAAGAACUUUCUUACAAGAUUAAAGAGCUGCCUAAGGUUCGUUGGGUCCUUCCUGAUUCAUACUUGGAUGUUAAGAAUAAAGAUUAUGGAGGGGAGCCUUUUAUAAAUGGUCAGGCUGUUCCAUAUGACCCGAAGUACCAUGAGGAAUGGGUAAGAAACAAUGCUAGAGCAAAUGAAAGGAAUAGGCGUAAUUCAGACGGCUCAAGAAAUUUCAAUAGGAGGGAACAUACCCGGAACAGAGAAUUCCCAAAUGCUUCACCUACUUCAGGAACAGCUCCAAGUAAUAUGCCACCUCGCAAUCAUGAUGGAUUGCCCCAAGGCAACUAUAGCCGACCACCGCCGCCACCACCCAACACCUUUAGCCGGCCGCCGCCACCACCACCACCACCAUCAAGCAACUUUAGCGGACCACCACCGCCACGACCCAACAACUUUAGUGGACCACCACCACCACCGAAUAACUUUAGCAGACCACCUCCACCACCACAGAACAACUUUAGCGGACCACCACCACCACGACCACCGCAGAACAACUUUAGCGUACCACCACCGCACAACUAUGCACCACCACCACCAUACAACUCCGGGGCACCACCACCACCAUACAACUCCGGGGCACCACCACCACCACCAUACAACUCUGGAGAGCCACAGCCAAACAACCAUUGGGGAGCACCACCGUCCAACUACUAUGGUGGAGCUUCAAACACGGGUGGGCCACCUGCUCAAAACAGCUAUAGAGAGAUGCAGCCUAAUGCUGGUGGGUGGUCUAGGAAUGUGCAUAACAAUCAACGAGAAUAGUCAUAAACUGUUCAGGAAAGUCUCAAAGUAGCGGAAUUCUUUGGUUUUUUAAGAUUUACUUGUUGCUUGGUUCAAACCUGAAAUCCUUCUGGCCACUGAGUAUUUGUUCAGGUACUACUGCGGCAAACCAUGAGUUUAGUUUUGCUUUGUGGGUAGUAUAGUUUCAAAGAUGCAUGAGAUGAUGUAAUAACAUUCACAAUGUCAUCUAUGUUUUUGGGCAAUCUCAUUUGUGCCCCCCUCAACUCUCCUGUAUUGUGGCUCACUUACUGGUAUGGCAAUGGCAAUAGUUCUCUAAACUUUUCUAGUUG